AUUAUGAAGAAGUGGCCCGGAAGUGCAAAGGUGCUUGAUACCGGCGGAGCUCAGGCUGCUUUGGCUCCGAGUAAACUUGCUGUAAAAGACGCUGAAACUGAGAGUCUUUUUCUUUCUUACCUUUAUGUGUGAUGGCGCACCUACUGAAAGACAAAGAAGCUUACGAGCGACUGAACUAUCUAUACCAGGCUGCACAUUGUGUUUUAUCUCAAAACCCAGAAAAUGUGGAGCUGGCUCGUUUCUACUGCUUCACACAGAGGACAGUUGCAAGGCGUUUAGUUCUCAAACAAGACCCAUCAGUGAAAAGAACAUUGUGCAAGAAGUGCAGCUCAUUGCUCAUUCCUGGUGUAACUGCUACAACAAGACAAAGAAGAAAAAACAGCAAGAUUCGCUUCACUGUGAUGAGGUGUCUCAGCUGUGGGCAGAGCAAGACCUUGCUGAAUAAUCCAGAUUAUUGUUUAUGGGUAGAUCGCCCUGAGGCGCAGCUGGAGCAACAGAAGCAGCCAGGUGACAAACCUCAAAUUAACACGACACAGCAGCUGCUCAGUAGAUGUGUUGUGUAGAAGCAUCAAAUCCAGGCCAUCCUGCUAAAAAUCAACCAAAAGACAAAAAACCUGAUGGAUCAAAAUCUUCUGAAACCAGCACUGCCCAGAGGACUGUCAGAACAUAGCAGCUGUUCUUCUUUUGACUGUGAAAUAUUGAUGCCUGAUAUUUCUUUUUUGUAUGGUGUAAGUAUGUAAGAUUGGUGUAAGUAUGUGCUGCUGUGUUAUGUUACAUUUAUGCCGAAUCGGAGGAAGUAGCUGGAUAUUAUGUAAAUACCAACUCUUCACGUCUGUAUUUCAGCAAUUUCAUUUUGUUGAUUUAGGAAAUUUUUGGCCUCUGUGAGAUUUUUUUUUCAAUUCACCUAAAGCUUGUAUUGCCAUCAGUUAUGCUGCUAUUCUUAUUGAUACCACCAGAUGGCAUAUCAUAUUCAUUCAUACUCGAUUUAGAUUUUAUUGAAAACAGCAGAAAAAAUGGAAAAAGUUCAUUAUUUUUGGUUAUUAUUUUUUGUCCAAAAUAUUUUGCAUUGUCUGCACAAGCUUGUUAAGUUGAAGUAAACAACUCUUGACCAUU